AUUUGCUCCACCUACACCACGAUGGCCCACGUCUCGAGCUUUGAUGGCGCACCCACGAACGCAAGUCCAUGGGCUAAAGAAGUCAUUCCCGUGCUCGGCAAAACCACAACAACGACUUGCAUGUGUCAGUCCUGCCAACUCCCCAUUGACCAAGGUCACAUCCGUGUCGGUCUCAUCUUCCAUCACAUGAACGGGUACAUUGGGCUCGAUUGGCACCACUUGACCUGCUGUGAGACCCCGGACCGCCUUCCCUUCGUCGAAGGCUACGACUUGCUGAGCCCCCAAGACAAAGCCAUGAUUCAUGCGUUGGCAACCUCCCGAUGACCAUACAGGACAGCUAUUUAUCAACAGAACUUACAAACGAUCCAUCCAUGCUGGUUGAUCAUGUCAAACCGUACUACAAAUCGGCCUGGGCCGAUGCCCCUGACGAGAAGCAAUUCGCCCUGGACCUACAGAUGUCCCCACAAUGCAUACCUCCAUGGAAAACAUUCGAAACCUUAUUGCCCUCGUGAAGCCCCUCGACGACCUUCCGGUGUUCAGGCGUUGCGAGCACAUCGACGGUCUGGCCGGUCGUCAACGAGUCCUCAUCUAUCCAAUGCACUUAAUAAAUGAUUUUGAAACGCUCA